AUGAAACAUUGGGACAAAUUUGAAGCUGUAAAUAUCUAUAUUAAUGCUCCUGAAGUAGACACAUUUAGGUCUAAUCCCGAGCUCAAGAGUCUGACAUUAACACAUAAUGAUUUGUCAGAUUUGCAGCCUGAACUUUUUCUACCCAUCCCAAAUUUGGAGAAACUUGAUCUUUCUAAGUCUGAGCUCAAGUCUUUGGAUUUUCUGGUGCAGGCCAACCUAACUGCUCUCAGAUAUCUGAAACUAACAAACAAUGAGAUCACUGUGAUUAAUGAGGAAGUGCUGAGUUCUCUCCCCUCUCUGACAUAUUUAGACAUGAGCAUUAAUACAUUCACCUGUGACUGCUCCAAUGCAGAUUUUAUCCAAUGGAUAAAAAACAACAACCAAACACAGGUGGUAAAUGCCCAUCGUUAUAAAUGUUUCUUUCCCAUGAACAAAAGAGGAACCUUGUUACUAGACUUUGAUAUCAAGCCAUGUUCAAACGAUGGCAGCUUCUUGCAUUUCCUCUCCAGCAGCUCUUUGGUUUUUCUGACUCUCCUCACAUCCUUCAUCUACCACUUCCUGAGGUGGCAGCUGGCCUACACAUUCCAUCUCUUCCUGGCNAUACCAAAACUGGAAAUUCUGGAUCUAUCUGAGUCGAAGCUCAAGUCUUUGGAUUUUCUGGUGCAGGCCAACCUUUCUGCUCUUAGAUACCUGAAAGUGACUGAUAAUGGGAUCAACGUGGUUAAUGAGACCGUCUUUAAUUCUCUCCCGUCUCUAACGUACCUGGACCUGAGCAAUAACCCGUUCACCUGUGAAUGCUCCAAUGCAGAUUUUAUCUUUUGGACAAAGGGCAACAUCCAAACACAGGUG